AUGGAUAAUAUUGUGAACCCAAUGGAUAGUAGCAUGUCAGAAAACUUCGUAACGGAGGUAAUGGCUGUCGGAAAUAUGUUCCCUACAUCGACCCAAAUUAAAGGAACAACGAAAUCAAAAGGCAGAGAAAGACUCCAUAGUUGGAAAAGACCCGCAGAAAAUAGUGCAGAGGUAUUGGAAUGUGAAGAACCUACAUGUAAGAAAUCGAAAGGUGAGCCAAAAGAUAACUUUAAUGAUAGAUUCGAUGAAAUGUUGAAAAUGAUGUCUUGCUUAGGUGAGCAGAUUAAUACUCAAAUAGCCAGUCAUAUGGACAAUCUAGAAAAGAAGAUAGAAGAAAAGGUAACAAACAUACUAGAUAAGAGACUUAAUAUAGAAAUGCAUGAAGAAAUAGGCAAAAUUCGAGAUAGACAAUAA